AUGGAAACUACGUCUAUAUUUUUAAAGUCAGUAACCAAGCGGGUUUGGUCCCCACCGCAGCGCCCGUUCAAAGUGUGCUCUCGCAACCGGGAGACCAGGAAGGGUGUCACGGCAGGGACCCUGGACGAGCUGAGAGAGAGGGUGUGCCAGGCUCUGCUGCUGUCCCUGUCGGCUGUGUCCCUGUCCCUGGUGUGCGAGGACGACGGCACCGAGGUCGACUCUGAUGAGUUCCUCAUGACCCUGCCCGACAACACCGUCUUCAUGGCUCUAGAGCCUGGACAGACAUGGAGUCCACCACCAGGUGCAGUUGUGUCCAAAUUCCAAGACCACAGCAAGCCCCGGACUGGAAAAGACAUAGCCCGAGUCACCUUUGACCUUUACAGGAUUAACCCCAUGGAUGUGUUUGGCUCCCUGAGUGUAAAGGCGACCUUCCAAGGCCUGUACUCUGUGAGUGCUGACUUCCAGUGUCUGGGGCCCAAGAAAGUCCUCAGAGAGGCCCUGCGUAUGGCCUCCAGUCUCCUCCACGCAGCGGGACACCUGCUCAUCACCUCCGCCUCGCUGAUCCGACGCAUUAUCGAGGGAGCUGAGCUCUGGCAGCCACAGAGGCAAGAAUACACAGCCACUUGGAACUGA